AAUAACCAAAGGAAGUUUGUUAAAACAAAGAAAAUAAUUGCAACCUAUGACCUGGAUUAAAAGAUAAUAAAGGAUUCAAUACGGAUUAACCUAGGGUAUAAAAUACCGAGUGUACUCUCAAUUCAAUCAUCAAUAUUGCACUAAGUCAAAAAGGAAGAGAUUAAACUGAAGAUGUCUCAAUGCAUAAUUAACAAAAACUUCCUUCAAAACGGUAUCCAGAAAUUAGAGAAAAUCAAUUCUAAUCAAACUAAAGAUGUUAUUGAGAGAGAAAAAAAAUUUGGUGCUCACAAUUAUGAUCCAAUUCCAGUUGCUUUAACAAAAGGAAAAGGUGUUUUUGUAUGGGAUGUCGAAGGAAAAAAAUAUUACGAUUUUUUGAGUGCUUAUUCAGCGGUAAAUCAAGGACAUUGUCACCCGAAAAUAACGGAAGCUGUUAAAAAACAAGUUGAUACAUUAACAUUAACUUCGAGGGCUUUUUUUACCGACGCUUUGGGUGAAUACGCCGAGUUUAUAACAAAACUUUUUGGAUAUGACAAAAUUCUCCCGAUAAAUAGUGGGGUUGAAGCCGGCGAAACCGCUUGUAAAAUAGCGAGGAAAUGGGGUUACUUAAAGAAGAAGAUUCCAAACGAUCAAGCAAAAAUUGUUUUUGUCGAAGGAAAUUAUUGGGGAAGAACAAUGUCAGCGAUUUCAUCAUCAACCGAUCCAACUUGUCGGGAUUGUUAUGGUCCUUUCAUGCCUGGAUUUAUUGUUAUUCCAUACGAUGAUGAAGAAGUUUUAGAAGAAACUUUAAAAAAUGAUCCGAAUAUUUGUGCUUUUAUGGUUGAGCCGAUUCAAGGUGAAGCUGGAAUCGUCGUCCCUAAACCGGGUUAUUUAAAAAAAGUUAGAGAAAUUUGUACGAAAUACAACGUUUUAUGGAUUGAUGAUGAAGUCCAAACUGGUUUGGGGAGAACUGGAAAAUUAUUGGCGGUUUACCACGAAAAUGUUCGCCCGGAUAUAGUUUGUUUAGGAAAAGCUUUAUCAGGAGGAAUGAUGGCCAUUUCUGCGGUUCUCGCAGACGAUGAAACCAUGCUUUGUAUAAAACCAGGUGAGCAUGGCUCAACUUACGGCGGGAAUCCCUUGGCUUGUAAAGUUGCAACGGCUGCUUUAAAAGUUAUUUUAGAAGAAAAUUUAUGCGAGAAUGCCAAAAAAUUAGGCAACAUUUUAAUGGAGGAUUUAAAAAAAUUACCAAAAGAACUUGUUUGCGAAGUUAGAGGGAAAGGAUUGAUGUGUGCUAUCGUUAUUAACGAAAAACUUGGAUUUACAGCCACCGAUGUUUGUAUUAAACUAAGAGAUAACGGCCUUUUAGCUAAACCAACUCACGGAGAUAUCAUCCGAUUAGCACCGCCUUUAGUGAUGACGGAAGCUCAAUUAAAAAUUUGCACCAAUAUUCUAUUAAAAACUAUAAAUUCAUUUAGAAUUUAAAAACCAAGUUUUAGUACCAAGAAAAUAAAGUAUAUAUAUAAUAGAUCUUAUUUACCAAGUAAACUUUCCUAAGUAAUUCACACCUUUAUUGCAAAAUACGUAUUGCAUUUCGCAGUGUUGACCUAUUUGAAUCG